GUUUCUCGACUCUCAGCAAAUCGCAACAUAUUCUCCACCCACCAGUGAUAAGAAAUGAUAACGAUUCAGUGUUUUGUGCCGCUCGUGCUGCUGCUACUCCCUCCAUCCCCAGGUCACACAAGUAUUCUGGAUGGAAUAGCUGAAAGACAUCGCAAACGAGUGGAAAAUCUCGGCUCCCUUCUGGAUCCUCUUGGUAUAUUUCACCCCAAGGGUACUGAAGCAUCAGCAAAUUCAAAAGCUACCAGCAUCAAUCAUGGCUUUCAUCUUGGACCCAUUGGUUUUGAAACGUCAAUAAAUCACGCGUCAGCUAAUGCAAAUGCCAAAGCUAAUGGAAAUGGUGGAGCUGGAGCUGGAGCUCAGGCAUCAGCAGAUGCUUCAGGGGCACAUGCCAAUGCCAAUGCCAAUGCCAAUGCUGAGGCAUCAGCAACAGCCAACGCUUAUACUAACAAUGAUAACCCAAAUUAUCGGCCAAUAAACGAUCGAAGGAAAGAUCGAUACCAAUCGCGGGAAGAUGAUGAUAUUUAUCGGAAUGAAUACAACACAGUGCCAUCAGGUCACUCCGAAGCUUCAGCAAGUGCUACUGCUUCAGCAAGUGCAACUGCUUCAGCAAGUGCAACAGCCAACGCAAACAGCAAUAAUAAUCAUAACACCAAGAAAAUUCCAACGAGUAAUUCCGGAGGGAAUGCAAAUGCCAAGGCUUCAGCUAACGCUAACACUAACACUAACAACAAUUAUAACUCAAACAAAAAUAAUAAUAAUUAUGAUGAAGUCGUCGGAUUGCCGAUGACUAAUUCCGGAUCUAGUGCAAAUGCUGUGGCUUCUGCCGCAGCCAAUGCUGACCACAGUAAUCAAGUCAAUAAUCGACCGGUCAAUGAACCACCGAUUCCUCAACAUCAAACUCCAAUCAAUAAUAAUUAUUACAAUGAAUUUCCCAGAUUGCCAAUAACUAAUUCGGAAUCUACUGCAAAUGCCGCGGCUUCUGCUGGAGCGAACGCUAACAAUAAUUAUUAUCAAUCUGGUUAUAGACAGGUCAAUGAGCAACCGAAGAUUCAGUAUCAGAUUCCAAUUAAUAACAGCGGUAAUAAUUACGAUAAUCAUCAGCAUGGUCCCGAUUGCGGAUGUCGCGUUGCGGAAGAGCCGAAGGGUUAUAAUAAUUAUAACGAAUACCGAUCCCCUUCAAUAAGAAAUUCCAACGCGAAUACUAAUAAUGGAAACGCGAAUUCCGUACCGGUUCCAAACAACUCUCACCCACCGGUCGAUUAUUUCCAUCACAACGAAUCACCAGUUGUGACGAUCGGUGAUACGACAGCAGCUUCCGCCAACACUAACACCGGCUCAACCGCCUAUCGACCUUUCAGACCUCACGAGGUCAAUCCAAAUUCCCCUGGAAGAUACCCAGAGCCUAACUACAUCACUCUUCAUCUCAAUCCACAAACAACUGAUUACAUCUGGGGGAAUGACACUGACCUUCAAUAUCGUUGA